CUUUUAUAUACUGUCCCGCUGAAAUGUAUUUUAACCCUCGCCUACCGGGCCACAUUCUACCCCCUUCCCUGCCCUACCGGGCACUUCUACCCCCUUCCUGCCCUACCGGGCACUUCUACCCACUUCCUGCCUACCCGCCUAAUCUCCUCUACCCCCUUCCUGCCUACCGGCCACUUCUACCCCCUUUCCUCCUACCGGCCACUUCUACCCCCUUCCUGCCUACCGGCCACUUCUACCCCCUUCCUGCCUACCGGGCACUAUCUACCCAACUUCCUGCCCCCCGCCUGGCACUUCUACCCCCUUCCUGCCAUACAGGACACUUCUACCCCCUUCACUGCCUACAGGACACUUCUACCCCCUUCAUGCCUACAGGGCACUUCUACCCCCUUCCUGCCUACAGGACACUUCUACCCCCCUUCCUGCCUACAGGACACUUCUACCCCCCUUCCUGCCUACCGGGCACUUCUGCCCCCUUCCUGCCUACAGGGCAC